AUGAACAGCCAGUCUAAGUUACCAUAUUACGCCACCUAAAGCAGCCCAGCAGUGGGCAUGUUCAGUACCUCCGUGGGGAAACUGCAGCAGCAAUUGUACAGGGAGGGGUAUACUAUAUUUGAGUACAUGCCAGUGUUUGAGAGUGACUUAAUACAGGUCAGCAAAAGAGAAGUCAUUGACAUGCAUAACCGUGCCCCAAUGGUGACUGUGGGCACUGUUCGCACCAGCCAUCUCACACUACCUGAUGUCAUGCUGCUGGCCCAACCAGCUGCUCUCUGUGAUGACGCUCACAGAUCCCGCUCUGCCACCCAGCGAAAAGAUAACAAACCUACACAGAUCUUAGAGCUAACCAGGCUGCUUCCCUUGAGGUUUGUAAAGAUAUCCAUUCAUAACAGAAAAAACAAGUUCCGCCUGAAGCUUGCCACUGACUACUCCUUUUACCUUCAGCCGUGUCCCCGGUCAGAUACAAGAGAUCUUUUUGUUCUCUGGGAAAACCUUGUUUACAUCCUGAGUCCACCAGUGGAGGCUUACAGUGGUACGGAGGCCAUCCCAGCUGAGGGCACGUUGGACAUAACAGGGUUUGAGGAGGAAGACAAGAGCCCAGUGGUUAAGUCUUUGCAGAGUCCCGAGAAAAUGGGGUCAGGGUACUUUGGGAGAGCAACAAAAAGUCCUGGAGAGCCUUUGGUACUGAAGCUCACCUGGGAAAUGCAUCACAUUUGA